AUGUCGCUGAUCGCACUCCCAAACGAGCUCCUCAACUUGAUCAUCACAUAUCUCGAGACGGAGCGCGAUAUCAAUGCACUGGUGCAGACCAGCCGCCACCUCUACACCCAGUUAAACGACUACCUCUACGCCCACAACAUCAUGCACACCGAAGCCUACGCAAUACAGUGGGCUGUAGGUGAAUCAAUUCUCGCAGAACACCAGGCUAUACGCGAAUCAAGUUUCCGAACCGCCCAACUCAUCUUCAAACAACACGUCCCCACCCCCAAGGAAGCCAUCCGAGCAUUCCACAAGGCCCUCCUUGAGGCCGUACGCUUUGAUGCCGAAGACCUAGUCAAGCUCUUCAUCUCGCACGGCAUCGACCCGAACCUGGAUCCACGGCUGGGAAGCCGCACGGCAGGCUAUCGGCUCCCCCUGCACGAUGCAAUCCGAUACGGCCACGACCGCAUUGUGCUAUUCCUGAUGUCGGCGGGCGCAAACCCCUACCUAACGCACUGGGGCUUUAACGCUCUCGACAUCGCAGUCCAGUCCCAGCACGUGCCCAUUACAUGGCAUCUCCUCGAAAUGGGUGUUGAUCCCCAUCGAGCGGGCCACUAUCCGCUCUGCGUAGCAGCCACGCGCGGCAGCGAGCUGAUCGUGCGACUUCUUCUGCAGAAGGGGGUUGAUCCCAAUGCUGAGGUGAUGCCGCGCAGGCAAGACCGCCCUCUGCAUUAUGCUGUGCGGGCGGGCCAUGAGCCUGUCGUGAGACUUUUGCUUGAGCAAGGCGCGGAUCCAGAUGCUGUGCCUGCUUCUGCGCAGACACCGCUGCAUAUAGCAGCGGAGAAUGGGCGGGUGGAGAUCGUGGAGCUGUUGCUUGAGUGGGGAGCGGAUCGGAGCCGUGUUGCGUAUCAGGGGACGCCGUUGGAUCUGGCUCGAGCGGCGUGGAGGCAGGUUGAAGAUAAGACGAGGCAUGAGGCUGUUAUACGGAUUUUGGGGGGUUAG